UUGGUCCACGUUCCAAUGUCGGCAGUGUGCACUGUUCCCCCACCUUAUGUCUUUCUUAUAAGCCAACCAAAUGAAGAACCACUAGGGACAUUCGACACUUGGCGCCUCUCCCCGUUAGCACACCAUCCCUGCUCGCUUUUGUUUUUCUCUCCAAAUUUAGAACUUAUACUAAGAUUUUACCAAACUGGGACCAAAAUGAACUUCGGUAAUGAGCAUGGAGGCGGAAACGCCGGCGGCGGAAGGCCUCUGGCAAAUUUUCCGCUGGCACGACAACCGUCAGUCUACUCCCUGACAUUCGAUGAGUUUGUGAGUACUAUGGGAGGUUCUGGAAAGGACUUUGGGUCGAUGAACAUGGAUGAGCUGCUUAAGAACAUCUGGAGUGCUGAAGAGGUUCAAACAAUGGCUUCCUUGAGUGGUGGUCAACUGGGUGGAAGUGCCUCUGGUGGGCAUUUGCAGAGACAAGGCUCCUUGACGUUGCCGCGAACACUUAGCCAGAAAACCGUAGAUGAGGUUUGGAAGGAUAUUUCCAAGGACAAUGGUGCGGAGAAGGAUGCUCCAAAUAUCCCACAGAGGCAGCAGACUUUGGGAGAGAUAACGUUGGAAGAGUUCUUGGUGAGAGCAGGAGUUGUCAGAGAAGAAGCACAAGCACAAUUGUUGGGAAAGCCAAAUGGUAUGGAUUUCCCCGAUUUAUCUCGUACUGGAAAUAAUAAUGGUGUAGGAUUGGGUUUUCAGCAGAUGAACAAGGGUUCAGACUUAAUGACAAACCAAAUUACCGGGAAUAAUGACCAGCUACCUCUUCAGUCUCGCGCCAAUUUGCCAUUGAAUGUAAACGGUGCUAGAUCGAAUCAGCAACAGAUGCCGAAUUCAAAGUUACCACAGCCACAGAUAUUUCCAAAGCAGCCUGCCAUGCCUUAUGCUGGUCAGAUGCCAUUAACGAACAACGCUCAGCUAGGUAAUCAAGGAAUGAGAGGUGGAAUGGCGGGUAUUGUGGAUCAGGGUCUGAAUGGUAAUCUGGUUCAGAGUUCAGCGCUGCAAAGUGGAGGGAUGGGCAUGAUUGGUUUAGGACCUGGGGCUGUUCGUGUGGCUACAGGAUCACCAGCUAAUCAGCUGUCUUGUGACGAAAUUGGAAAGAAUAAUGAUGACACUUCGUCAGUGUCGCCACUUCCUUAUGUGUUCAAUGGUGGUUUAAGAGGGAGGAAAACCAGUGGGGCUGUAGAGAAGGUUAUUGAGAGGAGACAGAGGAGAAUGAUCAAGAACAGAGAGUCUGCUGCUAGGUCCCGGGCUCGUAAGCAGGCCUAUACCAUGGAAUUGGAGGCAGAAGUUGCAAAGUUAAAAGAGGAGAAUGAAGAACUUAGGAGGAAGCAGGCAGAAAUCAUGGAAAUGCAAGAGAAUCAAAUAUCAUGCCUCGUCUGUAGACUAAUUGACCAGAAUAACGUGGUGUCAUGCUCUUAACUUCGUACAAAUAAGAUGCCAUUUGUUCCCCCUUGAAUCUUACUCUUAGGCUGCAUUUUGUACCUUGAAAAACGUUUUGCAGACAAUCUUUUCUACAAAAAAAUGGAUAAUUGGUGUAAUUUAUAAAACAUGUAUUAAGUGAUUUUUCUGUGUAUCCUUAAGUUGGUACACUUGCCAUGACCAACAUGAGAUGAAUUCAGGAAGUUGGAUUGGUUCAGAGUGGUGACCGACGAAUAUGUUACCCUUACCAUGACUUAGUUUCUUAAUUAUACUGUCAAUAACUAGAAUAAGCUUCGAGGCUCAUUUUUUACAUAAUUUCCGUACAAUUUGGGUUACUUUCUGUGCUUUGGUGACAUUUCUUUUCCACUUUUUUUAUUUCCUUGAUUAUUGUAGAACUGACCUGAUGAUCUAUUUAGGAAAAGGAAAGAAAAAGGAAGGAAAUAUUCUUCUUUAUAUCAUGUUGCACGUAUAUAAGUUCCAUAUUUUCUGUGCUUAGCGUCCAUUAUUACUGUCAUAUCUUCCGUUCAUCUUAAUAGCCUACUUGGUCUCCAAUUCGGAAUUCUUCCAGCCUGAUGCAUGCACCGAGUGACUAAGAACUAUCACACUCUAGCGUGUAUAUAGUUAAUCUGUUAAUAAUUGUCAAAGGAUCGUUCUAUAUCAUGUGAAGCUGAAGAUAGAAUGGUUCGAAUUAGCUGCGUCAGUAAAAAAUGUAAUAAUGAGGAAAUCUUCUCAAGAAGUUUCUGUUAAUGAAAAAAUGUUCCGUAUGUGUGGAGUUUCUUGAGAUACGAACCAGUAGUGCAUUAGAUUACAUCUGUUUUCUUUGCCCCCUAAUAAAUUGUGACGACAUAUAGAUAGCUUUCUUGGAAGCGCCUUCUGCUUCAAAUUUGUAGCUUUUACCACUUGUUCUCUGCCUAUUAUUCUGAAAUAUGCAAAUGCUGGCAAAAACACUUUCUCUAUGCUUAUUCCCCACUGUACUGGAAGAUAUGAUGUGUUAAAAAUUACAUUUUAUAAUGCGGCGAGAAUUGAUAAUAGCUUUGUCCUGAAUUUUGUGGCUUUUGGUAACA